GCGGCAUCACAGGCAUGAGAGAGAGGAGGAGAGGACCGAGAGACUAGAGAGGUGUACUGACCUCCUGCUCCGACGCUUCAUCAAGUCAGGCGUCUUUUAACAGUGAGUUGAGUUGGAGGGACUGUUUACCCUUUAAUUCGAACCCGUUAUCGCCGGUCCGACGGUUUGCUUCUUAGCCAUCUACUCUAGCCAAAUGGCAAGCUAGCACGAUAGAGCUAACCCUCGUUCGCUUCUGGCUUCAUUCACUGCCAGGACCCGGCGAAGUGAAUAACCAAGGAGGGGAAUGGCAAGAGUUUACUCGGAUAACCCUUUCAGAAGAAACGACCACUGAGGUUUAUAAAGGAGCCCGGGAAUAUCUAGUACUCUAAUCAAAGGUUGUUGGUGUUACUGUUAUACCCAUCAUGGUGCAGAAGUACCAGUCACCCGUGCGGGUGUACAAGCAUCCCUUCGAGCUUGUGAUGGCGGCCUAUGAGCGUCGCUUCCCCACCUGUCACCUCAUACCCAUGUUUGUGGCGAGUGACGUGGUGAAUGAGGAGAACAGUGAGGACGGUUGUACCCAAAAGAUUGAACGUCGCUGUGCUCUGGACGUUGACGCCCCACGCCUGCUCAAAAGGAUUGCUGGCGUAGACUAUGUGUACUUCAUCCAGAAAAACACACUGAACCGAAAGGAGAGGACUCUUCACAUCGAGUCUCAUAAUGAGACCUUCUCCAAUAGGGUUAUCAUCCAUGAGACCUGCUGCUAUUCGGUUCAUCCUGAGAAUGAGGAUUGGACGUGUUUUGAGCAGACAGCCAGCCUGGACAUCAAGUCUUUCUUCGGCUUUGAGAGCACUGUGGAAAAGAUUGCCAUGAAGCAGUAUGCCAGCAGUAUCAAAAAGGGAAAGGAGAUCAUAGAGUUCUACCUGAAGGAGUUAGAAGAUGAAGGCAUCACACAUGUGCCACGCUGGACUCCUUCCUCCCUUCCUCUACCUCUCCCCAGACCAACCAGCCUCUCCACCAGCCCACCUAUUCAACCCAAACUUGCAGUCACUCCAUCUGUUUCUAUCCCACUGCCAACCGAUGCCAAGGACAGCACCUCUCCAGACACCAAGCAGGACUGCAGUGUUCUUCAGACUGACAACCUAACAGAGAUCCUAGCUGGUACACCUGAAGACAAGUUGGAUGCAGACUAUAUCAAACGUUACCUAGGCGACCUGACCCCCUUGCAGGAAAGCUGUCUGAUCAGACUUCGCAAAUGGCUGCAGGAGACGCACAAGGGGAAGAUCCCUAAGGAUGAACACAUACUACGUUUCUUGCGUGCCAGAGACUUUAACAUGGACAAAGCACGGGAGAUCCUUUGCCAGUCACUGACCUGGAGGAAGCAGCAUCAGGUGGACUACCUACUGGAGACCUGGACCUCACCACAGGUCCUGCAAGAUUACUACACUGGGGGUUGGCACCACCAUGACAGAGAUGGCCGUCCUUUGUACAUCCUGAGGUUGGGCCAGAUGGACACCAAAGGACUGGUCCGUGCGCUUGGAGAGGAGUCUCUUCUUAGACACGUGCUGUCUAUUAACGAGGAGGGUCUGAGGCGUUGUGAAGAGAACACCAAGGUGUUUGGUCGACCCAUCAGCUGUUGGACGUGCCUGGUGGAUCUGGAGGGGCUGAACAUGCGCCACCUGUGGCGACCUGGAGUCAAAGCGCUGCUGAGGAUCAUCGAGGUUGUGGAAGCCAACUACCCAGAGACUCUGGGGCGGCUUCUUAUCCUGAGAGCUCCAAGAGUGUUUCCUGUCCUCUGGACACUGGUGAGUCCGUUCAUUGAUGAAAACACCCGAAAGAAGUUCCUCAUCUAUGCGGGCAAUGACUAUCAGGGCCCUGGAGGGCUGGUGGACUACAUAGAUAAGGAGAUCAUCCCUGACUUCCUGGGAGGAGAGUGUAUGUGUGAGGUACCAGAAGGUGGUCUGGUUCCAAAGUCGAUGUACCGCACGGCAGAGGAGCUUGAGAAUGAAGAUGUUCGCCUGUGGACAGAGACAAUCUAUCAGAGUGCGAGCGUCUUCAAGGGAGCUCCACAUGAGCUUCUGAUUGAGAUCAUCGACGCCUCCUCAGUCAUCACCUGGGACUUUGACAUAUGCAAAGGAGAUGUAGUUUUCAACAUCUACCACUCUAAGCGAGCUCCCCAGCUUCCGCGGAAAGACCCCCUGGGAGCCCAUGGCAUUACAUCCCCUGGGGGAAACAACGUGCAGCUAAUUGACAAAUCCUGGACACUGGGGCAAGAUUAUAGCAUGGUGGAGUCCCCGCUCACCUGUAAGGAGGGCGAGAGUGUACAGGGCUCACACAUUACAAGGUGGCCAGGUUUCUACAUCCUUCAAUGGAAAUUUCACAACAUGCCAGCCUGCUCUGCCACCAACCUGCCCCGAGUGGAUGACGUUCUGGCCACUCUGCAGGUCUCCUCGCACAAGUGUAAAGUCAUGUACUACACUGAGGUGUUGGGCUCUGAGGACUUCAGGGGUUCUAUGACCAGCCUGGAGUCGAGCCACAGUGGUUUCUCUCAACUCAGCGCUGCCACCACUUCCUCCAGCCAAUCGCAGUCCAGCUCCAUGAUCUCCAGGUAGAAACAGGAAGCUGAGGACUUCAAUCCCCGCAAGCCCCUCCCCACCCCGACAGCCCUGACCAUCAACACUGAAACCAACUUUUCCUCCUUCCUCGUCAUCAUCUUUGGACUCUGUUCCUUUUGCACAGCCAGUCUUUAAGGAACUGAAGCAUGCUUGCACAAACAGAAGACAAAGAAUAAAUCUAAGGCAAAAAACUGAGACUGUGUGUACAGUUUAAAGGGCUGAAUUUUGCACAAAGGUCAUAUAUAUUUUUGUGCCUAGCAUCUCUGUUGGGCAGCAAUUUGAAUUAGAUCAUUAGCAGAAUGUUUGCUUGUCCUGUGCAGGGUGGAAAAUUUAAAAGGUCAGAUGAAUUGUGGUGCUUCUGUGGCACUAGAAGCAGAAAGAAGCAAUAUUCUCACCCUGGGAGCCAUAGGGCCGCAUAGAGACACUGGAGGCGCUGUUACAUAUAUGCAUUAAACCUUCAUCUAUAUUUACAGUACUGAGACGAUGCAUACCUCAGUCAUGUGCGUUGAAUGAAAACUGGAUGUGCUAUUACAUACAAACACUGUUUGAUGAAAUGCAAAAAAUUACAGUGUUUGCCAUGAUGCCAGGGGGAUUUGACCACUCUGGUGAAUUGUUUAUAGGUCAAGCGUGUGUGGGAAGGGUAAGCUCUUAAGUAGACCUAGGUAGAAUAUCACCUGCAUCUUAUUUGUUCUUCAAACAGCAUGAAGCUUUUAAACGGGUGGAGCUCACAAAAUGGAGACAAUGCAGAUGGUGUAAAACCAACAUUCAGCUGGUAAAUCUUGCUAGUUUCACUUUGUCUUAUUUGGAAAACCCCACCCGUAUAUCUCAUGAGGGCUUUAUCAUAUCAUGGAAUUUUGACUUGGGUCUGACUCUAAGCGAAGUAAUCCGCUAUAAGCAAUAACAUGAGUUUGACUUUUUACUGUGUGAAAUAUUUCUAUUUAUCAUAGAUAUGUGUGGACGAUCAUGGGUGCUGAUUGCAGAUUAACUUUUGGUUAUAACUUGUGCACAAACAGACAGAACUACAGGCAAACUGAGCCAGUAAACCGCUAAACUCUGUGGCAUCAACUUUACCACUUUCUGUCUUGGUUUCUGUUCUGUCAGGAGAGAAACAAAUAUAACCCACCAGUUUCCUACUGGACAUGUUAAGUUACUUUAGAAUAACCAGUUAGCCAGCUUUCUGUCAAUUGUCUGUACGAUUAUGGGAACUCAAGUCAAAAUCAAAUCGUAACAGACAUGCCUUGUCACUGAUUUGUGAAUGUGCUACUGAUUGGCUCAUGCUCCCCAACCAGUGAAAUGCCUAAAUAUGGAGUGUUGGGAUCUAAAUGAGCAGGACUGCCAUCAUUCUCUACUUAUUUUCAGAGUGAAAUACAAUUGUGUGCAUUAGAGGUGAAUGUUACUUUGUGUUUAUCAUUUGACAGUGCAUCAGUAGACGACUUAUUGAUACUGUACAUGUAUUAGUGUUGGCUGGAGUUUGUUACUGUUUUGUUGGAGGUGAGUACUUGACAGGGUGGAGCAGUGUGGUGUGUUACUGUAUGCUCACAUGGUGAUUGGGUUUACAGAUCUGUCAUUUAAAGAUUAAAAUAUAGCCAUUUUAA